CCUCCGACUACCACAGCAGUGUGCACUGUAUCUACCGUUCAUCCUAGCUCAAGUGCCAUCGAUCCGCACGGCAAAAUGGAUGGAUCGUCGUCGAUCGGAGAUCAUGUCUCGUCCGAUGGAACCACCACGGGCACCUCCCAACCCAUCGAGCCGACCGACGGCUGCGACAUCACAGCCAAAGCAACAUUCGACAAGGUCAUCGAAGGUACCAAAGCGACUGGUCAAGACCCAAUCGGGCUUGCGUUGGCCGGGCGACAAACCACUCUCGUGAACAGACUGUCGCCUGAGCUCUUGACCGGGAUUUUCCUGUUAUAUGCGCCCCUCACUGUCGCGGAACCGGCCCUACUCGAAGAACCGACUGGAAAUCUAGGUGCACACGUCAAAUUCUGGGUUCUGGUCAGCCAGGUCUGCAAGACCUGGCGCUCUAUCGCGCUCGACUUUCCAUUCGCCUGGAGCCAGCUGGCGAUCACCGCCGAGAACAUGGACUGGAUGACGGAAGUGCUCGCGCGCAGCAAAAGCGUGCCGUUGGACAUUGAAGUUCUAGCUGGGGAGUCGGCGAUCGUACAGGAGUAUGUCUAUGAGUUGAUCGACGAAGAACUCGAUCGCAUACGGAGCCUGCGUUUCCAUCGGUGCAACUGGGUGACACACGCACUGUUCGGCACGCUCUUAGACUGCAGCAGCUUGGAGAGCCUGCAUAUCUCGAGCGAGCCGGCGGGCUCUCGGGCGGUGUAUAUGGAGGGGCUCAUGGACGAGUUGCGUAUAGUUGAGAACUUGAAGUCCGCAGCGUAUGCCAGGGUGGAGAACCCUCAGGUCCAGGCCGGGGAGGCCCGGGAGGCCAAUAUCGGUCUGCGGCGCCUCGAGCUACGUCACUGCAUCAAAGGACCACUUCAACUUGCGGGCAGCAUCUCAGCUUUGUGGCACCUCGCUAUCACUGGGAAUUCUGUGCUAGUCGCAACGCACUUCGUUUCCCUGUCGACGGCGGCGGAUGUUCCUCUCAAGACUCUGGACUUGGAAGUAGACCUCACGGACUCAUUCCCAAUCGACACGUUCGCGAUAAUGCAGUCGCCCGUCCACUUGUCGCGCCUUCGCGUACUGCGUGUGAAGGCUUGCUUACAUGACUGCGUCGUCGUACUGGGGACUCUGGAUCUGCAGCACUUGACGAGGCUUGUUGUGGAAAUCUCCACGAGGGCAAAUCAGCAAGUGACGGGAGAGACCUUCGCUGCUGCACUCGCCCCGAAGCUCGCUGCACUCGGUCCGCUCUCUAGUCUUCGGAUGUAUCGAGGCAUACCUGGGAACGCCACGGCAGUCUGUAUCGACGGUCUCGAUGGCACGGACGUCCUCCGGUUCACGCUCGUUUUCCACCUCUGCACUGAGUCCAUACUACUGGCCACGCUCGCGCGGUUGCGCGCUACCCUGGGGAACGUCCUGCGAGUCUGCCUCAGAGACUUGGUGUUCGACUCGCUGGCGUCCUGGGUCACGCUCUUCCGGUCCUUCCCCAACGCUGAGCGCCUCGACCUCAACGGCCGUGAUGCGCUCAUCGCGUUCAACACAUCCCAAACUAUCGCGCCACGCCCUGACGUGCCCAUCUUCCCGCGUCUGCGCGUGCUCGUUAUCCGCAAGACGGUCCUGCACAACGCAUGCAACGUCGCGCAGAGGUUCGCAUUGGACGCUGGGCGCUGCCCGCUGGACUGCCUCGGACGUCUUUUGGACUGCCUCAGCAUGAGAUGCGCGGCAGGCGCGGGCAUCGCGGAGCUGCACAUGGUGCAUUGUCCCAAGGACUACCUGACGCCGGAGGACCUACAUGCGCUGCGUUGAAUGGUGCCCAGGGUGGUAUGCACCGACGAGGAUGAGGGUGGCCUGCCGGCCAAGAGUGUCUGGAGUGAACCGGCGCGCAUGUAGUCUGGUCAACGUCAAGGCGGUGCGUCGGGGCGAAAGGCCUAUCAUGUACGACCUCCUAAUGGCACGAUACCCAUUGACGCGAUCUGAACACCGGUCGAACGCUUUCAAGUGACAUGGACUGUAUACGGUAACCUAUCGGGUACCGUAGUAGUUGCGAGCUGUGUGGUUCAACACUGAAUGUCAUGCCUUAAUAGUUGAGGCGAUAGAGUUUGAUGCAGUGCAUCGCAGUGUGGUCUAACACGCAUGUCGCUACAUCAGGAAGGCGUAGUGUUUGUGUCCCUCGUCCGUCGAGAGGCAAGUCGGGUGGCCGACGAAUCGAAGAGCGGAUGAGAGUCGAUCACGCCGGGCCGGCGUAUGCGGCGUCUGCGGCGAGU